CCUGACUCGAUCUCAUGUUUGGCCAUGGCGGGAUACGUGAAUGUGUCACGAACGUAUUUGUUGCGUCUCUUCUUUGUAUCAUCUGAUGUUUCUCAACAUAGCUUUCAAGCCUUCCAAAGAUAGUUGAAAGUAACGGCAUUCUGGGGAAAUGCGCCACCCGUGAUAGUCGGUUCUCUUGCCGUUAUUUGUCCUACCAAGCAACGGCCCCAGCUCAUAUAGUGUUAAACUAUGCCCGCUCCCUUGGAGUACCCUCAUUUACAAUCAUUUUUGUCCUUGAUCUGACCCACUAUCAAUCAGUUGAACGACAAGACAUGAUUUCCGGCCAUUCCUUGGUCCACUUCUGCCCCUCUCGUUUUCGGACGACACCGCAGCAAUGCCCGGAAACAGGUGGGACUACCGGUUCCUGAAGGAUAGACGGCUUUCAUGUGCAGAUUCGAUAUUGAUGCAAAUCGGCCAUGUGGGUUUAGACUUUCGCCUGUAUAAAUAUCUUCUGUUCCCUGCGAUACACAAUUUUUCUGCAUCCUCGGAUCUUCCUCGCCAAUUCCCUGAAGAUCUGUACUAUCAAAGACUUUACCAUGUCUUCCUCCCUGAUUAAGUUUCUCCUGGUCUCAGUCGCUACUUUGGCUUCUGCCAGAGGGGUUGUCUUUCCUCGCGCCAACGACGUCAGCCCUGCGACCGCAAACAGCGCUGGAUGUGCUGCUCUUUCGAAGGUCCUCUCAUCCAAGGUCUUCUAUGCCGACAGCCCAGUUUACCAGUAUGAGAACUCAGCAAGUGAAUUCUGGUCAAAUGUACAGAUCCUGGCGCCUCUCUGUGUCUUCCGCCCCCAGUCUUCUGGAGAUGUCGCUACCGCAAUCUCGGUACUGAAAAAGUCAUGCGGAUCAUUCGCCGUCAGAGGUGGUGGCCAUAUGGGAAUCGCUGGAGCCAACAACAUCGACAAUGGUGUUCUGAUGGUCAUGUCGAACCUGACAACAAUGCGACUUUCGUCCGAUAAGUCAAUUCUCUCAGUGGGACCUUCUUGGCGCUGGGGAGAGGUCUACAAGUACCUUGAGGACUAUGAUCUCACCGUGCCCGGUGGACGCCUAGCACCAGUUGGUGUCCCUGGUCUCUUGCUCGCUGGAGGCAUAAACUUCUACGGUAACCAAGUUGGAUUUUCUGCCGACAACGUCGUUGAAUACGAGGUUGUUUUGGCUGCUGGCAACAUUGUCCAGGCUUCGAGGGAUAACAACUCGGAUCUUUUCUGGGCUCUCAAGGGAGGAAGCUCCAACUUCGGAAUAGUGACUAGAUUCGAUAUCAAGACCAUUCCUUCAAAGAAGGUUUGGGCUGGUAUUUACUCUGUUGCGAGCGCUGAAGUCCCCGCACUUCUUGCCGCCACUGCCGCAUAUGCUGCCAAUAUCACUGAUCCAUUGUCUCACAUCGUCCCUGCUACGAUUGCUACCACUCGUGACCCUGUUGAGUUCAUUGGCGCUGUCAUCCUCUUCUACGAUUCCGACACCAUCACCUACCCUGACUGCUUCAAGCCAUUCUUCGACAUUCCCUCCAUUGCCAGCACCAUGGGCUUCAAGACCAUCGCUGAAUUUGCCGACGAGACCGGAACUGCUGUCGUCCCAGGGAUCAACGAUAUCUUCGCCGCAGGGACCAUUGUCGGUACAACAUACGAUGAGCUCCUCAAGGGUAUCGAAUUGACCAACAGCAUCUUCUACGAGCGCCUUCCUCUUCUAUACGAACAAGUCCCAGCAUCCCAGAUCGCCAUCAUUGAAAUCGAUUGGCAGCCAAUUGGCAAGCUUUGGAUGGACGCUUCUGCCGCUACCGGUGGCAAUGCUCUGGGUCUUGACCCUUCCAAGAUUUACUUGGCGUGGGCCGAAGUCGUGGAAUGGAUUGGAAGUGAAUACGAUGAAAUCUGCUUGCAAUGGGUUACAGAAACCACGGCCAUCAUCAAGGAGGCCACCAAGAAAGCCGGUAUCUACUCCAGCUUCGACUACAUGGGCGACGCAGCUUCUUUCCAGACCGACGGAUUCUAUAAGGGAUAUGGAGCUAAGAACCAAGCCAAGUUGUUGAAGAUCUCAAGGAAGUACGAUCCUACCCGACUCUUCCAGACUCUCAUGCCUGGAGGAUUCAAGAUCGGUGCUUGAGUGGAUUGCUUAUGAUAUGGUUUCGUAAUGUGUAAUAUAAUACACCCAUAUACACUUCAUUGAUGCUUCCAAA